UGGUGCUGGUGGGAGGGGCUUUGAGUGUCUUCUUAAUAAGCCAUAAGUUUGACUUUACCCUUAUGUGGGUGGGUGGAGGCCACAGAAGUGAGAAAACUACAGACAGCAGAAACAACCACAGCAGAAAGAAGAAGAGGCAGCAACAGACACACAGAGGACUGUGAGUAAUAUCAGUCUGGAAAAGUGGAUUUGAAUUACAGGAUGAAGAUCCUUCAGUUCAGGGUGAAGAUCUUCUUCAUCUCCAUCCUCUACCUGAUCUCAGGUCCAGUGUGCGGCUCUGAUGUGUUUGUCUAUUCAGGAGGAAGUGUCCUUUUAUUCACUGAUCUGCAGUGGGAUGUAAACAAUACAAGAUAUGUUUGCAGGAUGGAACAAAGUGGCUGCUUAAAUAUAAUAGAUGAUCAGACAAAUACCAAUGUUGUUAAUAAGGGGAGAUUCAAGAUGUAUUCAAAUGUUCAUGGAGAGUUUCUACUGUUGAUCAGAGAGCUGAACCCACAGGAUUCUGCUGUGUACAGAUUUGGAGUUGGGAAUGAAAAGCAUAAGGACAUCAAACUGACUGUUCAGAAUGAUUCCUGUUGUGGGGGAAUUGAAAAAAUGAAUGCUUAUCUGGGAGAGACGGCCACCUUCACAUGUAACUAUCCAGAUGGGUUUAAGACAAACAGCAAGCGUUUAACCAACCUCUAUGACCAAACUACUGUUAAAACAAUCAUUUACACCGAAAAAGAGUCUGAGAAAGAGCAGAAGGACAGAUUCUCCAUCUUUGAUGACAGAAGAUCUAAAGUCUUCAGUGUGAACAUCAGUGAUGUGAGAGAAGAUGAUGGAGGAGUUUAUCUGUGUGCAGUGUGGGUGUGGAGGAAAGAGAAGUCAGUGCGUUAUUACUCCUACUUCAAAGAGAUUCAGCUACAAGUUACUGGUCUAGUGUUUGGCUACGCAGGAGGAAGUGUCAUUUUAUUCCCUGAUCUGCGGUGGGAUUUAAACAAUACAAGAUAUAUUUGCAAGAUGGAACAAAGUGGCUGUGUAAAUAUAACAAAGGAUCAGACAAAAAGCAAUGCUGUUACUAAGGGGAGAUUCAAGAUGUAUUCAAAUGCAGAAAACAAGUUUACAGUGUUGAUCAGAGAGCUGAACCUACAGGAUUCUGCCAUGUACAGAUUUGGAGUUGGGAAUGAAAAACAUAAGGACAUUGAGCUGACCGUUCAGAAUGAUGUUUGUUGUGGGGGAAUUGAAAAAACGAAUGCUUAUCUGGAAGAGAUGGCCACCUUCACAUGUAACUAUCCAGAGGAGUUCAAGACAAACAACAAGUACUUAAUCAACCUCUAUGACCAAAAUACUGUUAAACAGAUCAUUCACACUGGAAAAGAGUCUCAGAAAGAGCAGAUGGACAGAUUCUCCAUCUUUGAUGACAGAAGAUCUAAAGUCUUCAGUGUGAACAUCAGUGAUGUGAGAGAAGAUGAUGGAGGAGUUUAUCUGUGUGGAGUGUGGAGGAAAGAGAAGUCAGUGGGUUAUUACUCCUACUUCAAAGAGAUUCAGCUACAGGUUACUGGUCUAGUGUUUGGCUAUUCAGGAGGAAGUGUCACUAUAUUAUCUGAUCUACAGUGGGAUGUAAACAAUACAAGAUAUAUUUGCAAGGUGGAAGAGGGUGGCUGCCUAGAUAUAAUAAAGGAUCAGACAAAAAGCAACGCUGUUACUAGCGGGAGAUUCAAGAUGUAUUCAAAUACAGCAGACAAGUUUACAGUGUUGAUCAGAGAGCUGAACCCACAGGAUUCUGCUGUGUACAGAUUUGGAGUUGGGAAUAAACAGCAUAAGGACAUUGAGCUGACCGUUCAGAAUGAUUCUUGUUGUGGCCGAAUUAAAAGAAUUAAUGCUAAUCUGGGAGAGACGGCCACCUUCAAAUGUAACUAUCCAGAGGAGCUCAAGACAAACAGCAAGCGCUUAAUCAACCUCAACGAUCAAACUAUAAUUAAAUACAUCAUUCACACUGAAAAAGAGUCUCAGAAAGAGCAGAAGGACAGAUUCUCCAUCUUUGAUGACAGAAGAUCUAAAGUCUUCAGUGUGAACAUCAGUGAUGUGAGAGAAGAUGAUGGAGGACUUUAUCUGUGUGGAGUGUGGAGGAAGGAUAAGUCAGUGGGUUAUUACUCCUACUUCAAAGAGAUUCAGCUACAGGUUACUGAAAAAUCAACUGUGCUACCACAAAGUCCAAGCACAGCUAUGGAACCAACUACAGCUACAACCUACUGGACCACAUCAACAGAACCAGCAGUAACAGUCACAUCUGAUGAAGAACAUCUCAAAAAAUCAACUGCACUACCAGAAACUCCAAGCACAACUAUGACAGCUACAACCUACUGGACCACAUCAACAGCACCAGCAGCAGCUGAAACAUCUGAUGAAGAACAUCUCAGUUCCUCUCUCAUCAUCACUGUAUGUGUCUGUGUGGCUCUGUUGCUGAUUGGAGGAGCAGCACUGAUCUAUAAACUGAGAAACCACAUCAUACAGGACUCAGCCUUCACUUACCAGCUAACAGAAAAAAACAACCAAGGUGAUGGUGAUCCACAUGGAAAUCAAUACAUCAGCAUGGGUCCAGUCCACCAGAGCCUGGACUCCAACACCAAAUAAUCAGAUUCUGUCAAGGAGAACAUGGUAGACAACGCUUAAACCCUCAGAUUGAUUUGCGAGAAGCUGAAUGUCAACACCAGUGAAUUUCACAAGGCAGAGUUUCUCUGUUCAGUUAGCAAAAUAAGAGAACCAGUGAUGAAAACUGUCCAUUUGAAAUGUCUUUCUUCUUCUCUAAUUGGUCAACGUUUGAGUUUUGGCUGAGAAAUUUACCAAAUAACCCCAUAUUCAGUAAAUUUGAACUUAAAACACAAUAUCAAUCUAUGUACACCUCUCAAUAAUCAGUUUACAGACUAAUCACAAAACACUGGGCCUCAUUCACCAACCGUUCUUAAGAAGAAAUUUCUUUAAACCCUGUUUAACAGUUUUCACAAAGAUUCUGACUUUCACCAAUGUUGGGGAUUUGUCCUUAGGUAAACUCUACACACAGUCAAGAGCUCAAAGGUGUAAACAAAUUUUAAACACAUCAUGAAUCUGACGUAGACUUUUUCUUAGGACCUUUCUCAAGAAUGAAUUGGAAAAAGAAAAAAACUUAGGAAGAUGUUGGAGAAUGAGGUCCAAUGUUUUUGUUUGUUUGAUUGUUUGCUUGCUUUUCCAGUACAAAAUGAUCUACUUAUUUUAUAUUAUCUUCUGAUUGGCUCCUGUGGUCUAAUACUGCAACAUUAUUAGAGCUAUUGGGAACAGGAGAGAUAUAAUCAUAUCCAUAUCAUUGCAAAAAUGUAAUCAUUUUUUGCUUGUGAAGAUUUUUCAUUUCUAAAAUCAUGUUUGUAACUUUUU